AUGAAUGAGACUAGGCUUGCUAGUGCUGCUCGAAAUUUAAAUAUGAGAAGGGAUUAUACCAUGAUUGCUGAUGAAGAACUCGAUGCCGAUUAUUUUAUUAAUUUCUAUACAGAAAUGUUUGGUGCGAAGAUUGUACCACACCCCAUGGCUGUUAGUGCUGAUGAAAGACUGGAUAACAUUGUAGCCAUCGAAAAAGACAUAGAAAAUAGGUUAAAUGUGACAAUAAGUCACAUUCCACCUCACGAAAUUAUUGACGGAAAUCCUUCAGCUGUCAGGGAUCUGAAUGAACUUAUGCGUGCUAUCGAUGAUGCGAGAUUGUCUCAUUUAAGCCUUAAUCAUCCUAGAGAAAUUCCACGACGGGUGCAGCUGACGUACAGCGGUCCAGUAAUUAAUAACUCGACUCCUCAAGGAUACAUUAAGCAGGACAUUGUAUCACCUCCCUUUACCCCUUUCCACAAUAAAUCUGUAGAAAUCAUGAAGUCUUCCGCUGUAAAAAGUGUGACUGAUUCCGGGGUUGUCACUGCUCCCCCCAUUCAAAAGGUCUCUGAUUUGAAUGAUUCUCAAAGAUCGAUGGGGACGCUUUCACUUUUAUCUAAUCAGAUCUGGGAAGCCAAAACGAAGGCUUCCCUUGUAUACGACCUUGCGCAGAAGAACCUUGCGAAUAGUUUGCAGCCAGAUUUGAAGAAUUUGCGACAAUGUCUUAUUUCCGCAGGAACACAAAUUAGAUCAGCAGUCGCUGCUGUUGAUCGCAUUACUGUACGUGAUGACGAACACUUGGAUUCUGAUGUCACAACUGCUCAAAGUCUUUUUUCCGACUAUGAUGAGUGUGGUCAGCUCGAUCAUGAGUUGGAAAAUACUCUCCGUGAAAUGAAAAAGGCCACAACGGAAUGUCUGGUUCAUUGCGUCAAAGAGUUCAAAAAAUCAAUGAUGACUCUUACCAAUCGAAAGACAAUUUAA